GGACUCAGAAGUGAACGUAGCAGCAUCUAGGGAUCGCUGAAGAACAGUUUUUAAUUUUCAUCCUCAUUCCAUUAUUUUAUGAUUUGUACAUUUGUGUAGAUAUAUAUAUAUAUAUAUAUAUAUUCUAAAUUCUAUUUUUUUAAGGAGUAAAUAAGAAAAGCCGGAGAAGAUGGAACUGAAUUCGCUUUUAAUUUUGCUGGAGGCUGCAGAAUAUUUGGAGAGAAGAGAUAGAGGUGUGUCCACAGAGGCAGAACACGGUUAUGCGUCUGUUUUACCUUACAGCAACGACUUUUCCAGAAAGAAAACUAAAGCUGCACCAAUUUCAAGAAAAGCUCAGAACAAUAGAUCGUCACACAACGAGCUGGAGAAACACAGACGUGCCAAGUUAAGGCUCUACUUGGAACAGUUGAAGAAGCUGGUGCCUUUGGGUCCUGACAGUACGAGACACACCACCCUGAGCCUCCUGAAAAGGGCCAAAAUGCACAUCAAGAAGCUGGAGGAGCAGGACAGGAAGGCUCUAAACGUGAAGGAGCAGCUUCAACGAGAGCACCGCUACCUCAAACGCCGCCUCGAGCAGCUCUCUGUUUCGGGAUCCGUGGAGCGCAUCCGCACAGACAGCAUGGGCUCUACCAUUUCCACCGACUCAGAGCAAGAGGUGGACAUCGAAGGUAUGGAGUUCACACCGGUGGAGGCGGACAGCAUAGACAGCAUCAGCGACGGUGAAGAGGAGGAGGAGGACCACUACAGCGUCCAGAGCAGCUCCAGCGACACCAGCUACACAGCCGCACAUUCCCACAGACUGCAGCCACACCACUGUUAGGCGCCUCCCGGUGCUUAAACAAGCAGUUCUCCCGACUUUUCUGCUUCCCCCCCCGAUUCUCCAUCACCGCCUGCUACCUGCAUCAAACCAGUCCACAACGGCGGUACAGCCUCCACCUGUUCCAGGCCACAACUCUGCAGGCUGACAUGGUAGCUGAGCCCUCACCCCCCUCACACCUAACCAUGAUCUUCCCCUAAUGCAUCCUGCUUCCAACGCCCCCCCCCAUCCCCCCCCCUCCCCGCCCUCACAGCCCUUCUCACCUGAAGUUUCUGCAGGCUCAAACAGUGCAGAGGAGAGUUUGUGGUGUUUCCUAUCAGAUAGAUCUGCAGGGGGUAAAGGUGAGCAGCUUUGACCUGUUAAUAGCUUCACGCCAAAUCGAGCUUCAGUCAACUUCCAGCGGCAUUACAACUCAUAAAAGGCUUUGCACAAAAAAAAAGAAAAAAAGCACUUCUGUUUGCACAGCAAUACAUGCAAAGUCACAACCUCAGAAGCCAGUUUUGUCUAAAAGCGUCAUUUAUUUCCCAAAUCACUGCUGCAGAAGAUCUUAGAGACUUAGACUAACUUUAUUGUCAUCUUGUACACUAAGAGUGUAUACAAAACGAAAUUUCGAUGCAUACAGCUCACAAGAGUGAAAUGAAAUGAACAUUACCAUUUAUAAAAGUGAAGCAGUGAUCAGAAUGUAAACAGUUAAGGAGAAAAUGAAACCAGUUUGAAAGUCACGGUGCAAAAGGCAUUGAUAUGGAAAGGUUCAGUGCAGUGCAAAAUAAAUAAAUAGAGUCAAGUAGAACAUUAAGUUGUGUUCUAUUUAAAGGGAUUAUAUCCUAAAGCAUACUGCUUUAUAUGAAGGUAAUAACACCUAGAUCCAUCUUUAUGCUUCCUCAGUGGAUCUUGGGUGAUUUAAGCAUGAUUUGUUAGUGUUCUUUGUCACAUAAUGUGGCCCAAAAGGUUUCCUUCUAGAGCUCAUAUGCUGGUCCAUCCCAUACAAUCUCGAUAAAGCAUGUUGAGGUUUGUGGUUUCGAUGUGAAAAAAAUGUGUAAAAGUUUUAGCUUAGCUAAUUAAGAGCUUUCGCAAUCCAAAAGUAAAACGUCAGAGCUGCAGCAGAGCAGAAACAGUGUAAAUAGAUCAGCCAGUUCCUGUCCGCAUCCCCGUGUCUCCCUCUGGUUGGGUUGCCUAACCACUAACUCCACACUACUGACCACUACACUAUACCACCAGAUGGUGUGGAUGGACUACUAAGUCAGAGAGAAAAGAAGAAGGAAGGAGUUGUCCUACAGCUAUAAAUCUUGUGUAUUUUUUUUUCUCCUUCUCAGUAGCUAAUUGAUGUAGCAAUAAGAGGCUUCCUCUUACGUUUUGAAGUGAUCCUGGUGGACCACGAGCUAUUGUUAUUGGGAGAUUUUACUUCUUGUGUUUUGUUUCUUGUUAGCCUGACCUUUGUGUCGGAUUCACUAACUGAUCCUGACCCUGUCUGCACGGCGCCAUCUAGCAUUAUAAAAAGGAAAAUUCUCUGCAGCUCUGUCGCUUUCUUCCCUGGCGUCCAAUUAGCAGGUCAAAGCUGGUCAAUUAAAAGCGGGGGGAAAUUGGUUUUAUGUAGAGGUAACCAACAUUAACCCUCCUUCAGUUUCUCUAACAGCAGUAAUCAUCUUUUCUUCUCUGCUGUCUGUUACUUUUGAUCCCCUGCUGUCUUUUGACUGUAACUCAUGCACAACAGUGGCUUUGGAAGGACGAGGUGCUCCUGUUGCUCUCUGAUGGUGUUAGUUAUCAGUAGCCCCCACCCAGCCCUUGUCUCUUGCAGUCUGUAGAGCUUGGCACUUUAAAAAAAAAUUUAAAAAACAGAAAAGCUGCCCGUCCACGACGGCGGGUGGGUCUGACCAAAAAAAUACAAAACUAUACUAAGAAAAAAAACCCUGGAAAGAAAAGAAGCUACUCCUCACUUAAAGUGAAAUCAGCUAGUGUAGUCUAUAUUUCUUGUACUGAGUUUUGUAUUAUAUUUUCCUAAAUGUUCUCUAAACCUUGAAAAACGACAAAAAAAGAGUGAGUAUAUCUAUCUAUAUCUAUAAAUAUAUAUAUAUAUAUAUAUCUAUAUAAAAGAGACAGACAGACAGGACGCCAGGCUUGUUGAAGGGAGAGUGGGGGCAGGGGAGCCCGUACACUGGCCCCCUCUCUCUUGGGUGACUCUCCUGCUGUCAUUCUGUGCCUUGGUGAGCCUUCCUCCUCCUCUUCCUCCUCGCCUCCCCCAACUCAGGUCACACUCCCCCUCCUUUUACUUGUCUUCUCAACACUUCCAGAACCUGAAGGGUCAUCAGAACCACCAAAAAAAAAAAAAAGUGCUUCUUGGUGUCUGCUCCAAACGGCCACACCCCUUCCAGAACCCCGAGUCUCCACUCUGUCAUGGAAAUAAACAGAAAAAACAAACACUGGUGAACACCCAUGGCAGCUUCCAGUUAUGUCCGACCCUCCACCCCUCCAACCAUCACCUCUACCGAACUGACACCAGCGGGGGGCUAAAAACGUCUGCGCUAGACGCUUCUUCAUCUGCUUUUUUUUUUUUUUUUUUACAAUUAUUGUAUGUUGACUAAAAGUUUGUUCUGCGGGAGCCACCGGGAGAGGAGCGACAAAAGAAUAAUCAAUGGCAGCUUAAGGUGUUAUCCUCUGAGCUCCCAGGUGGUCCGACCCAAACUGAAAAAGAAACAAUAGUGUUACCCAUCGAUCAGGGGGACUUCUCAACUCACAGCAAUAUGACCAUCUUGUGCUUUCGGACAAGGGAGGGCGGGCAGGGCAGGGGUUUUUAAAGACAAGCAGGUGGUUUACUUUGCUUUUACUCUGUGGUGCAUUUAUGGUGACCAACACUUUGUUUGCUUUUUUUUUUUACCUCCUAUCUGCACUCUCUCCAUACACUGCAGGAGGGCAAAAAAAAAAAAAAUAUAACCCCAGGUUAAAAUGCAUUUUCUUUUGGUCAUAAAGAGUUUACAUUCAUGUCAGAGCAUUUGUACAUGACUGUUUGUAGCAAAAAACAAACAAAUAAAAAAAAAAAAGCCGCCCUUAUUGGUUGACAUGAACAACUGGGUAUACCAUUAUUAAUGGGUUCUAAUGAUUCUCUCGCACAGAACCUCCUGUUUGAAAAGCGACAAGGAUAGAGGGAGCCAGAUUUGAGAUUAUAAUGAUGCAGUUAUUCUUGGGGGGAAAAAAAUAAAAAAGCACACAUGCUCAUGAUGAGAGGUAAUAGAGCAGCUGACGGGACAUGUUGACAUUCUGGUUGUUUCAUGAGUGGCUAGGUGGGGAUGGGAGUUCCUUCAAAGAUGUGCCUUGCGAAGAGAUUUAAACAAAAAGUUAUUUUCUUUACAAACAAGAGAUUGUACCAGUUAAAGACUGUUUGUGUUCCGCUUACCUUCUGCAGCUGAUGUAUAGAGGCAUGGGCCGGGGAUUGUUUUGGAGAUAUUGAAAGGACUGAACUCUUUCGCCAAUAAGUAGAAAAAUGCACAGAUUAGGCUUUUACUGACUGAUACCGACUUCCCAUUUUCUUUCAGGUAAAGCUUUUAAUUUAAACCAUUUCUAUUAAAUUUUUUUCUUUCAAGGAUUAAAAGAAAGAACAAACUUCUGCUGCUGACAGAAGCAGUGUUAUGAAUCCAAAUGGAUAUGAAGGAAUUAAAAGAUUAUACUAACUGGCAGAUUGAUUGUGAAUUGGCUGUUUCGGUUAUCUGGAUGCUUUAUUGGUGCAUUUCUAAUUGAGUCCCUUGAAAUAAAAUAACAGAAAAACUACAGGAUUGACGGGUUUUUAAGUAGACUGAUCUUGCCCGUUCCCCACCUGUUGCUGCACACUGCUACAGUUCUUUUCAUGAGAUGCGCAACUUGUUGUUUUGAAAUGUAAGACAUUAGAUCAUCCCCUGGCUUUUUGUGUUAGUGUUGUGGUAUUGUUCCCCUUAGGUAAUGUCUUUAGUGUAUCUUAACCGGCCCAUGCCUACCUUCGUUUUGCUGUCGUAUAGAGAAAAGGUUUGUUGUAGAUAACAGCAGGCUUGGACAAAAUAACAGAGAAACAUCUCAAGAGAUCAAAACCAGUUCAAGUCUUCUGCUGCUUUUAAAAUUCACCCCAUGACUUCCAUAAGAACUGUUAUUCCUGCCAAACAAAGUCACUUUUAUUCCUGAUUUUAUGUUAAACAACAUGGAUUGCUUUAACUACCUUUUAGGUUUUAGGUCUGCUUUCCAGUUUCUGCACUUUCCAGCUUUUAUUUCUUUCGUUCUUUAUUUGCAUUUUCACGCGUUGAGCUAAAGUCCUCCAGAGUAGGAACCACCGAGUGGAUGCCUGGGUUGGGAUCUAGCAGAGGGGACAACGGAGAAACAGUAGGGGACUGACGUGCUGAGCAGAGGAGGGAGAGUUCUGUGCCAGAGACCUGUGAAAUAUGUUCCUUUAUAGAGGAUGUGUAAUUUGCAUACAGAAGAUGUUCUUUUUUUUCAUUUUGUUUUGUGAGUAUGAGUGCGUCUAUACGAGUACCUGGUGCUGGCUACAUUUUAGCAAACACUUGGAGGUAUUGUGUAUUGUCUCAUUGUAAUAUAAUUAAAAUGUUUUAUACAUAAA